UAGAAUUCGUCGGGCCCAACUUCCUAGACAACACCUGGAAAAGGAAACAAGGAAAGUAUCAGCAAGUAGAAGGUGGCCACAUCUCCUCCCCUCUUUACCUGUGAUAGAUUUCAUGCGUUUCCCCGAUAAUACUCUUGAAGAAACUCUACCAGUAUUCCAAACACCCAGCGCACAGAUUUGUCCAGCAUUCGCUAGUUCUUGUCAAUUCCAUUCACAGUCCCCUCUAAGUAGUGUUCUCUUCCCUGCCCAAGUCAUCUUUGCAUACUCAGAUUCAGUUCCGGACACAGAGCAAGGUUAACACUGGUUUACUUCUCUGAGGGUCUCUGUCUACCCCCACAUCCACCCCGCCCUUUCUAACCUACCUCUUGCCUCUUGGAACCAUAUUUCCCCUUUGACGGUGAGAUUUGUUGUGUGCUACCCCUUCUUCCAUCCUGCAGAACUACAAAAUGUAAAAGUCCUUGGGAAGAUUCCAAAGGAGUUAGAGCGAAGAACGCCCAUACCAGAGGGGAGUCCUCAUGUUCUGGAGCAGUGAGCUCCGUAGAGGGCGGAGUUCCCAGUCCAUCUGGCCCUCCUUUACCCUCCAUCGAGGGAGGUGGUUUAGUCUUCAGCUUCCCCAUCCCUCAAUCAACACCAUAGCCUUCGAGAAAAAGACGCUAGAUCUCGGACGUCUCUCUCUAUGGUGGGCAUACAGCCCGGCCUCUGGCACUCCCUCUCCGUUUCCCCCCAACACCUCCCAGGACAGAAGGGCGAGUGGGGGCAGACUCUAUGAGUCAUGUUCUGGGCCUGGAGUUGAGAAGGGAAGCGCCGCCUCUCCUUGGGCCCCUUCUCUCCCCCUUAUUCCUCCCCGCGGAUCCUGGCCCAGCUAGAAACUACGCAGCAAUCACCGAUUCCCCAUCACCAAUUCGGCUGGCGUCCCCAAGGCCCCGGGCUCCCGUAGGCUCUCCGUGGCCCCGAGUUAUAGUCGGGACACCUAGGUCGCGUGUGAUUGUCGGGUCUGCACGGGCUCGGGUCGCUGGGGCGGAUCAGGCCUCCGCGCCUUCUCUGGGUGCCCCGCAAGGCCGCAGACAAGAUGAACAUUCUGGCGCCGGUGCGGAGGGACCGCGUCCUGGCGGAGCUGCCCCAGUGCCUGAGGAAGGAGGCCGCUUUGCACGUGCUCAAAGAUUUCCACCCCCGCGUCACCUGCGCCUGCCAGGAACACCGGACAGGCACCGUGGGCAGAUUUAAGAUCUCCAAGGUCAUCGUGGUGGGGGACCUGUCAGUGGGGAAGACUUGUCUCAUAAAUAGGUUCUGUAAAGAUACCUUCGAUAAGAAUUACAAGGCCACCAUUGGCGUGGACUUUGAGAUGGAACGAUUUGAGGUGUUGGGCAUCCCCUUCAGUCUGCAGCUCUGGGAUACUGCUGGACAGGAGAGGUUCAAAUGCAUUGCAUCAACCUACUAUCGAGGAGCUCAAGCCAUCAUUAUUGUAUUCAACCUGAAUGAUGUGGCCUCCCUGGAACACACCAAGCAGUGGCUAGCUGAUGCACUCAGGGAGAAUGACCCAUCCAGCGUGCUUCUCUUCCUUGUGGGUUCCAAGAAGGACUUGAGUACUCCUGCUCAGUAUGUGCUAAUGGAGAGAGAUGCACUCAAGGUGGCCCAAGAGAUGAAGGCUGAAUACUGGGCAGUUUCAUCUCUCACUGGUGAAAAUGUCCGGGAAUUCUUUUUCCGUGUGGCAGCACUGACCUUUGAGGCCAACGUGCUGGCUGAGCUGGAGAAAUCAGGGGCCCGGCGCAUUGGGGAUGUUGUCCGCAUCAACAGUGAUGACAACAACCUCUACUUAACUGCGAACAAGAAGAAGCCCACGUGUUGCCCAUGAGGGGUGAGGGACUGUCUAGACACUGCCCCAGCUUUGGGGCACUGUGCCACCUUGACUCCCCCAGAGCUCUACCCAUGGACAUUUGCACGGACUAUUUUUCAAGACCAAAGAGCUGCCCCUUGGUGGCAGAACCCCCAGAGGGGUAAUUGGGACCAUGCUAGUCGCUUCCUGCUCCUAGGCACCAUGCCAAAGACUGGAUGCCCCCCUCCUCCAGGGCCUCUCCAGGGUGCUCAGUGGUGGAGAAGUUGUCUCUGCUACUUUUGCUCAGCCUGCUGGGCUUUUGGGUAUGAGGAUGCUUAAUGAUCCUAGCCUCACACUGUGCCUUACUCAUUAAAAUUUCUUCUAGCAGUG